AAAGAUGAUAUGUUAGUAGUAGCAGGGGAGGUGGGACAUAUUUUCAUUAGUCGUUUUGCUUAGGUGCCAAUGCGUUUUGGUGUGUGAUUGCUUUGUGAUCCGAUCAGAGCAGCGGAAGGAAAGAAGGAAGGUAACAAUGGCGAGUAGGUACUGGGCAGUGUCUCUUCCCGUCCACAACUCCGCAUCUCAACUGUGGAACCAAAUUCAAGAACGAAUCUCCAAACAUUCCUUCGACACUCCUCUCUACCGAUUCAAUAUCCCUAACCUCCGCGUUGGAACCCUAGAUUCUCUGCUCUCUCUCAGUGAUGACCUCGCCAAGUCGAACAAUUUCGUGGAAGGAGUGACGCACAAGAUCAGGCGCCAGAUUGAGGAGCUCGAGAGAGUUUCUGGUGUGGACAGUGGCGGCCUCACCGUUGACGGUGUCCCCGUGGAUUCCUAUUUGACUAGGUUUGUUUGGGAUGAAGCCAAGUACCCCACCAUGUCGCCUUUGAAGGAGAUCGUGGAUGGUAUUCACAGUCAAGUGGCAAAGAUUGAGGAUGAUCUCAAGGUUCGUGUUUCUGAGUAUAACAAUAUUCGUAGUCAGCUUAAUGCUAUCAACCGAAAGCAAACUGGAAGCUUAGCAGUCCGUGAUCUUUCCAACUUGGUUAAGCCAGAGGACAUUAUAACUUCAGAAAAUUUAACUACCCUCCUUGCAAUUGUUUCCAAGUAUUCACAGAAGGACUGGCUUUCAAGCUACGAAACAUUGACAAAUUAUGUGGUCCCCAGGUCUUCUAAGAAGUUGUACGAGGACAACGAAUAUGCUCUGUAUACUGUAACACUCUUUAGUCGAGUUGCAGAUAAUUUUAGAACUAGUGCACGGGAAAAAGGGUUCCAAAUUCGUGACUUUGAAUACAGUCAAGAAACACACGAGAACCGAAAGCAAGAGUUAGAUAAAUUGGUACAAGAUCAGGAAAGACUGAAGGCUUCUCUGUUGCAAUGGUGCUUUACCAGUUAUGGAGAGGUUUUCAGUUCCUGGAUGCACUUUUGUGCUGUGCGUUUAUUUGCCGAGAGCAUUCUGAGAUAUGGUCUGCCACCAUCUUUCUUGGCAUGCGUUUUGGCUCCGUCUGUGAAAUCUGAGAAGAAAGUGCGCUCUAUCCUUGAAACGUUGAAUGAUAGUACAAACAGUGCAUACUGGAAGAUUGAGGAUGACGUAGGUACUGGGAUGGUUGGCCUUGCAGGUGAUUCCGAUGCUCACCCUUAUGUUUCUUUCACUAUCAAUCUUGCUUGAACACUCAGAAACCUGCCCUGGCUCAUAAUUUAAAGCUCGCUAAGGUCUCCUUUGGUCAGCAAUAAUGCCAAUGCAGAAAGAAUUUGAAGAUAUUGUACAUUACGAUCAUUUUUCAUUCUUUGUUAUUUAUCUAUACUAUAACUGAAGCAAUCAAAGUUUGAAGAGGGUCGGAUGAAUUAUAAGGGUGGCGUCUAGUGCCGGAAUUGACCAUUAGCAAUUUGUAUUGUUUGGUGUAAGUUUUAUUGUAUGCGAUUAUGUGAACUUGGAUAGGUGACACUAUUGCUCAUCCCUUUAGAGAAUAAUACAGCCCUUCGGAGUGUAAUAAUAAACUGUUGUUCCUACGCAAUAAUGUUGUUUGUUGUUGUACUUCUCAAA